UUUUAGAAUAUCAAAAUUUAAUAUUAAACUUAUUCAAUCAGCUAUUACAAAUGAAAUAGAUAUUAAUAUAUUAAUGGAAUUGACAGAAAAAAUUAAAUGUGUACAGUUAUUUAAAGGAUUUUUUUGUGAUGAAGUAAUAUAUGCUACUAUAAGUUUGAUAAAUAAAGAAUAUCAAUAGCUAUGUUAUGUUCAAAUAUGUUAUUUAUGUGGCCUAAUGAAUGUUAUAUCAAUUUUAAUACAUUACAUUAUAAUUAUACCAAAAUAAAAUUUUUUAAAAAUUAUAUUGCAAUGUUAUGUUUACGUUCAGAUUAUAUAUUAAACUUAAUAUGUCCUCAAACUUUACUUGGUAUAAAAGUGUAUUCAAAACCUGUAUCAGAUUUUGUAAUUAUUGAAAAUAAUGAUAAUACUUUAUGUCAGAUUCUUGUGUUAAUGUUUGAUACUAAUUGCACUGAAUAUACAUUACAAGUUCUCUCAUAUCCAGAUUUUGAAAAAAAGUUUCAAAUAAAUGUACCAACUAUAAUACACCUUGUUGAAAUUAUGGAUCCUUGUGAUGAAAUAAUUUUAUAUCUAGAAGGAAUUAAUGGUUUUGAUAAUGAUACUAAUUAUAUAGAUACAGUUAGAAUAAAAACUAUAUCAGAAAGUGAUCCUGAAUAUCAAUUACAACGCUUAAUAAGAAAAGAACAAUUUGAUGCAGCUGAAUUUUUUGCAAAAAAAUUUAACUUAUCUACAGAUCCUAUUUAUUAUGCAAAGAUUGCAUUGCUUUUGUCACAAUUUGGACCUUGGGCAAAAGAAAAGCCCAAUUCUCUUCAAUUAGAUAUGAUUCUUAAUAUAUUUGAUAAAAUAGAAAAUGUACAGUAUAUUGUAGAAUGUUGUAGCAAAGCACUUAUACCUGAUUAUAAACAAAUGAAAAAAAUUUAUUUAUAUGCACGUUCAAGAAUAAUAGAAAAUAUCUCUAAAAAUAAUUAUUUGUGUCUUCUUUCUUCAAUUAAUAAUACAUUGCAUAAAUUAGAAACUUUUCAUAUGAUUUGGGGAUACCAAAAAAAUUUAGAAUAUUAUGAUGAAGAUACUAUGAAAGAAUGGAUUAGAUUUUCUCGAGCAGAUUUAAUAGAAGAAUAUAAAAUACAUCUGAGUUUGGGAGAAAUGGAAGCAGCUACUUUAAUUUGGACGAGACAUCUUGCAAAUAUAAUGAAAGAUAUAUCUAUAGAAAUUGUAAAGGAUAUAUUUGGGAUUCUUCCUGACAAGAUAUCUUUACUUUCCCUUUGGACGUGGUUAUCACAUUUUAUUCCAAAUAUAUUGUCAUUUAUUCCUAAUGCAAUGUCUGAAAUUAUUGUCUGGGGUUAUAAAAAAGUUAAUCAUUUGAACAAUCUCAUCGUUCAGAAUGGCCUCAAAUUGGAAUUGAUUUCACAAGAAAGUUUAUAAAAUUGUUGAAAUUUCAAGAAAGUCAUCAAUCUUUAUACUUUCAAGAAUGUUUAAACAAAGAUACUAAUUUAAAACAGCUUAUUCUUUAAUACAAAUAUUGUCUGAUAUUCAAAAAUUGAAAGUUAAUUAUAGAUUAACAAUAUCUCUUAACUCAUACAUUGGAGAUCCUAUAGAAGUAUCAUACAUAUUAUUAGAUAAAAUACAUAUAGAUAUAAUUUUAAAAUUGUGAAUACAUUUUUAAACCAAUACAUG